UGUUAUAAAUUGAAAGAGCAGACGCAACAGGGCUCUGUAAACGUUGAAAAAGUAUCCUAGAUUAUAUCCUAGUACUUCCGCGUUUGUACAUUAGCUGUUCCCGAACCUGGAAAAAGUGGACAAGUGUGUGUAGUUUUAUUUGCAGGUGUUUGUUGAAAUCAACCACCCACAUAAGGAUCAUCAACCAUGUCCACCUCUAUCACCACUGCAAAUGGAGUUGUGGUAGUGACACAAGUUUUCACCUUGGCGGAGAGUGGCAAGUCUUCAUUGCCACUUCUGAAUGUCACUCCCCAAAUCCAGAGUGAGCCCCCCGCUGUGCCAAUGCUGACCACUAAAGUGUCAGAGAUGACGAGGGUGUUCCUGCAGGUUCAGCCACAAUCUCUUGGGAUUGUGCAGAUCGUCCUUGGAUUGGUGUGCAUGGUGGUGAGCCUGUCUGCUCUUCUCACCCCUWUCCUGUAUGACCAGUUCCCGCUCUUCAUGGGAGUUGCUUUUGUCCUCUCUGGAUCUCUCACUGUGGCUGCCCGGAAAGGAACACGUUUGAGUCUGAUUAAAGGGACUCUGGCUGUGAAUGUUGUCAGUGUUCUUGUGGCCCUGGCUGGGGUUGCCUAUAUUUGUAUGCUGCUGACUGUAAAACAUGAAGAUGGUUUCUGCACUGAAACUGAUGACAACUAUACUUCCGAUUCCGACCAGAACAGGAUACAGGAAUGCACAAUUAUGGUUAGGACACUAUAUACAGUCUUGAAUGGGGUAAAGGGCCUACUGCUGGUCCUGACGGUGAUGGAGCUCUGUGUGGCUCUCACUGUCUGUGUCUUCUCUGGGAAAGCCAUUCACCUCCGUGGGUACUACAGCCUGAGCUGUGGCCGGGGGAUGGUGGCGGUAGAGACUGGUACUGACCCACCGGAGCCAGCCAGGCCUCCCUGACGACAGUGACGUGCCCUUACUG